UAAGUAAUUUAACUUUCUUUUGAGAUGGAAACAUAUCUUUUUUGUUGAACGCUUCAAUCAUUAAUGAAGAAGAAAACAACUUUGUGAGGAAGUAACCAAUAAAUAGAGAUAAGCAGCUAAUGGAAGAGGAAUUAGAAUUACUGUUGCUGAAGAGGCCGGAAGAGAAGAUAUGGAAGGGUGUUACAAGGGGCGUCUUUCUAGCAGAGCUGAAGAAGUUGAGUUACUUGGCGGCUCCCAUGGUGGCUGUGACUGUUUCACAGUAUCUUAUGCAGGUUGUGUCGAUGAUGAUGGUGGGACAUCUUGGGGAACUCUCACUCUCAAGUGUAGCCAUCGCCUCUUCUUUCACCAAUGUCACUGGCUUCAUUCCACUAUUUGGAUUGGCCUGUGCAUUGGAAACUCUAUGUGGACAAGCUUAUGGGGCAGAGCAAUAUCAUAAGCUUGGAACCUACACUUACUCAUCAAUAAUUAUUCUCAUUCCAGUUUGUCUUCCAAUAUCUCUUAUUUGGAUAUUCAUGGACAAAAUAUUAGUAAUGGUAGGCCAAGACCCUCAAGUUUCAGCUGAGGCUUGCAAAUACUCCAUUUGGCUCAUACCUGCACUACUCGGAUUUUCUAUUCUUCGAUCAUUAGUGCACUACCUACAGUCUCAGAGUUUGAUUCUCCCAAUGCUCUUAAGCUCAUGUGCAGCUCUAUGUGCCCACAUACUCCUUUCUUGGACUCUAGUGUAUAAGUUUGAUUUGGGAAGUAUAGGAGCAGCUUUAUCCAUGGGUCUAUCUUAUUGGUCGAAUGUGAUCAUCCUUGGACUUUACAUGCGAUACUCUUCAGCAUGUGAGAAAACCCGCUCUCUCUUCUUGAAUGACAUUUUCUCUAGCAUCAAGGAGUUCCUCCGUUUUGCACUCCCUUCUCUCAUAAUGUUUUGUCUUGAAUGGUGGUCAUUUGAGAUUCUCAUCUUGCUGUCCGGACUAUUACCGAAUUCAAAACUUGAAACAUCAGUUUUUUCUAUAUGCCUUACUACUACAUCAUUACACUACUUUGUACCAUAUGGAAUUGGUGCUGCUGCAAGCACUCGGGUGUCGAAUGAACUAGGAGCUGGGAAUCCACAGACAGCUCGAUUGGCUGUCAGUGCUGUAAUGGUUCUUGCAGUCACUGAAGCAGUCAUAGUGGGCACAACUCUCUUCUGCUGCCGCAACAUUUUGGGAUAUGCCUAUAGCAAUGAGAAGGGAGUUGUGAAUUAUGUUGCAGAGUUAGUUCCCCUGCUUAGUGCUGCAGUUAUAUUGGACAGCAUACAAGCAGUACUUUCAGGGGUAGCUAGAGGAAGCGGCUGGCAGCACAUUGGGGCCUAUGUCAAUCUUGGGGCAUAUUAUCUUGUUGGAAUUCCCACAGCUGUCGUUCUGUGUUUCAUUCUGCAUCUUAGAGGGAAAGGUCUUUGGGUUGGAAUAAUGACAGGUUCAGCAGUACAAACAAUUUCUCUUGGCCUGAUAACCUCUUUUACAAAUUGGCAAAAGCAGGCAACCAUGGCUAGACAGAGAAUAUUUGAGGAAACUUUUUCAGCUUAAAACAGAUUGGUUUGACGCAAAAUUUAAGGUCAUUGCACAAUUCAUUUUGCUCUCUUCAUAUCAGAAUCUUUGGAGGAAAGCUAUCGGUUAUACUCUGGCAAUUUCUACGACAAGGUCUCAUUGUUACUUUGUAAUAGAUUUUGAUUUAACUAAAAUGCAGAACUAUACCUCUCCCUUUGUGAUUGGAUGACAAACCCUUUAAUCACUAAAGUUAGCUGUACCUAGGGGAUUCUAUGUUCGAGUCGCAUGAGAAGUAUCUACCAGAUUUGUGCUGUAGUAUACCUCAGAUACCUAAAAAAAAUAAAAUGCAGAACCAUUGAAAGCUUUGAAUUAA